AUGGAAUUUAAAUUAUUGCCAAAAAAUCAAGAAAAUUUCUUUUAUAACAUAAAAAUCGAUCCAGAAGAUUUUCAAUAUUGUAGUUAUUGCUGGAAAAAAGCUGUGUAUUAUCGUAUGUGCAAUUAUUGUGUGAAAUGGGAUUGGGGUAAAUGUUAUGACUGUGGAAAACCAAACUGUGCAAGAAGGAAAUGUCCAGACUGCGAACAAAUUGCAUUAAUUUAUACAUCUGAAUAUUCUUUACCACAGACAAGUGAAAAUUAUGAAAUAGACGAGCCAAUUGAAGAAGGUGAAUUAGAAUAUUGUAGUAUUUGCUGGGACGGCGAGGAAAUAAAAAAUAAUAUAAAUCAUGAAAUAUCAACACAACAUCCCGAGGCAUAUAAUAUAAGUAGACCAUUAAGUAAUCUUAUCAAUACUGCAAAAUUAUUUUCAAGAGAUUCUAGAGAAGAUGAUUUAGCCAUAGAAUGGCCAGAUUCUAAUUCAGUUAAUAUUAAUGAUGAAGUCAACGAAAAAUUAAAAACAAAUACUCUGAUUCAGAAUGAAGGAAAUAUUCAAGCAGAUUUCAAUCUCGUAUAG